CGAUGCCUCGGCUCUAGACGUCUAAAGACGAGGGUGCCCCGGCUCUAGACGAGGGUGCAAAGCCCAUCGAUGCCUCGAAACUGCGACGCCAUGGACGCCGAGGACCUCUUCGAGCUCUGCGGCUUGAAAGAGGACGACGUCGUGGGCACGAGCGACGAGCCGGAACCCGCUGCGAGCGACGAGCCGGUCGCCAUCGCGCUGCCAUUGCCGGCACCGCCCGCCGCCGCUGCGAAGAAACGCCACCACCCCCAGCAACGCGUCGAAGACCCCCGCCGCUGCCGCAGCGCCAUCGCCGGCGACGCGAACCGGCCGCCGGACGUCUACGUCGCGCGGCGCGUCGAAAAGGGCGGCGUCGGGCUCCACGCCGCUCGCGACUUCGCGCCCGGCGAGAUCGUCGUCGUCGAGACCGCGGCGGCCGCGGCGCCGCUCACGGGCGUGCGCCACUGCGACGGCUGCCUGCGGUCGCUCGCGUCCAUGGCCGACGCGGGCGUCGCCGGCGACGCGCUUUACUGGCCCGUCGACGCGGCCGGCGCCGAGACCUGCGGCCGCUGCGGCGCGAGCCUGUGCCGCGGCUGCGCCAAGUGGGCCCGGCGCAACUGCUGCGCGCGGCGCGCCGUCGACGCGACGGUCGACGGCGCGCGGCCGGCGCUCAGGCUCGCGCUGCGGCGCUUCGCGGACGCGGCCGCGGGCUUCGAAGACGACGGCGCGCUCGCGGGCCUCUGCGGCCGACCCGGCGACGCCGACGCCCUCGGCCUCUUCGACGCGAGCGGCGGCGCGGCCGCCUGCCGCGCCGCCGCGGCCGCGGCGCUCGCGGAGGUUUCGCCGGCGGCGAACCCGCCGUCGGCCGACGCGCUCGCGGCGGACGCCGCGCGGCUCGCGCUCAACAGCUUCGACGUGCGCCUCCGGUCGCCCUACGUCGAGUUCCACGGCGCGCUCGCGCGCCGCCACGGCCGCGGCUCGAAGGCGCUGCGGGAGGCCCUCGGCGUCGCGGGGUUGGAGCGGGAUGCCGACGAGGCCCUCCGCGCGCGCUGCGCCGUCGACGCCGUCGGCGCCUUCGCGUUGGUGGCGUGCGCGAACCACGACUGCUCCCCGAACUGCGACGCCGCGUCGGACUUCGACGCGCCGACGAUGCAGCUCGUCGCGAACCGCGCCAUCGCUCGCGACGAGGAGCUCACGAUCUCCUACUUCGACCGGAGGGCCGUCGAGGGCGGCGGCGGCGACGCCGCGGCGAACGCGCGGCGGCGCCGGCGCUACCUCCGGCGGAACUACCUCUUCGACUGCGGCUGCGACGCGUGCGCGAGCGGGAGCGGCGGGUAA